AUGAAGGCAUUCAUAGUACUCGCUUUGGCUAUUGCUGCCGUCGCUGCGGAGACCGUAGAGCAAGUCCAUCCCAAGGAUUUACCUAGGUCUGCCAAGCUCGAGGGUCGCAUCACCAAUGGCUAUCCAGCCUACGAGGGCAAGGCGCCCUACACCGUUGGCCUGAGCUUCAAUGGCUGGUGGUGUGGUGGUUCCAUCAUUGCUCACGACUGGGUGCUGACUGCUGCUCACUGCACCAACGGUGCCAGCUCUGUAACCAUCUACUACGGUGCCACCUGGCGCACCAACGCCCAGUUCACCCACCAUGUUGGCAGCGGCGAGUUCAGACAGAACCACAGAUGGCCCAAUGAGAAUGGCAAUGACAUCGCUCUGAUCCACACUCCUCAUGUCGAUUUCUGGCACAUGGUCAACAAGGUGGAGCUGCCCAGCUUCAACGACCGCUACAACAUGUACGAUAACGCAUGGGCUGUUGCCUGCGGCUGGGGCAUUACCUCCGAUGGCGGUUCUCAACCCGACUGGUUACAGUGCGUUGACCUGCAGAUCAUCAGCAAUAGCAAGUGCUCUGAGACCUAUGGCCACCAGCCCGACGGUAUUCUGUGCGUUGCCACACCCGGCGGCAAGUCCACCUGCAGCGGUGACUCUGGUGGUCCAUUGGUUCUCCAUAACGGCGGCAGAUUGGCUGGUGUUACGUCGUGGGUUGCUGGCAAUGGUUGCACAGCUGGUCUUCCAGCUGGCUUCACUCGUGUCACCCAUCAGUUGGAAUGGAUUCGCGACAACUCUGGCGUUGCUUACUAUUAAGGUGUUCUAUGAACUGCAUGCAAAAUAAACCAAUUGAACAU